UCAGUAGAGGAAACGUACGACUAUAGAGCCAAAAGGGAUAGAUUGAUGCCGCGAAGGACAAAGAGAGAAGAAGGAAGCCAGCACCUCGCGAUAACGCGAAAGUGAGACUGGUAGUUUUUGCAGUAUACGAUAUAAUAUACACAAUAUAAAAUAUAUAUUAACAACAAAAUACUAAUAUUAAAAUAUAUAUUAAAAGAAAGCAAGAGAGAGAAGAGAGAGAGAGAGAGACCGAUCAUAUGCAUAUGCUUAUGUUUAAUUGUAUCAGUUGAAUCCCUUAUAAAAUUGAUGUAUCGUACUGUACAUAUGUAUGCAAAAGUUAAAUAAGGUUGAAAACUAAUUUCAUUUGGAAUAUACAAAGAUAAACUGCCUUAAUUGUUUUUUUAGUUAGUUAGUUUGUUGAAAAACACGUUUUUUAUUUAUUCAGGACAAGAUAUUGUGAGUGACACGACGUGUAUGGGUUAAAUGUACAGGUUAAGUCGUUGUAACGCCUAAUAGAAAGAGAAGCAAAAAUGUUAAAAAUAUUAUCACUUCACGAUUUCGAGUGUCCUGUUUUGGACGAUACGGCUGCCGUCGGCUUAAUUGACGGCAUCGUGCAUUAUUGCACCUACGACAAAAUGCAUGAUGAAAUGCAACCUUUCUCCAAGUACUUGCGAGGGUAUCCUGAGGUUUCCAUCACACAAGAGAUUUUGGCCACCCGCGACUCUGCGCGCGCGGUCAGCGCUGGAGAAUUAUUUCUGCCUAUUCACGAUAGCGUUUUCAAAAAACUUGCCAAUGUAUGGAGAGAGAAAGGAUUGUCCGAAGCCAUUCGUUUCGCUGCAGCUGCAAAUCCAGAACAAAUUACAAAUGUUGUACAUUGGGUGGCAACAAGAAUGAAUUGGAUGUUGGACUUGAUGGAAAGAGGAAUAUAUCAGAGAGACAUAUUACCACCAUCAGGAACUGGAUCUGUUGCCGAUAUUGUUGCUACACGGGAUUGGAAUACAUCAUUAAUUAGAUGUCUGUCUUGGCAUCCGCAUUGUGCUCGCCUAGCUGUGGCUACAAGGGACAAUCGAAUUCGCAUUUAUUCACAAGAUAUACCAGGUGUGCCAGUAUUGAGACAUAGUGCACAAAAGUCAGUUUGCUGCUUAAGUUGGAGACCAUACGCCGGCCGUGAAUUAGCAGCUGCAUGUUAUUCUGGAGUAUUAAUUUGGACGAUAGAACUGGGAGCAGCCAGUAAUUUACUUAGUCAUGCGAUACUUUUAAAGCAAAGAAAUCAUGUACCUGUUACAAGUGUUAUAUGGCAUUCGCAAGGUGGUUUAUUGGCAUCUUGCUCACCAACAGACUUAAACAUAAUAAUUUGGGAUGUUUCGAAGGAAGAUGGGGUUCCUUUGAAACGUGUUGGAGGAGGUGGCAUAUGUUUUAUACACUGGUCAUCUUGUGGCUCACGUUUAUUGUCUGCUUCGUGUAGGAAUGUUUUUAGAGUUUGGAAUACUGGCGUUCCAACACCAUGGCAUGCACAAAGAUGGACAGUCCCUCAUGGUCAUGUAGCAACUGCAUGUUUUGGUCCCAAUUUAACAUUACUUUUUGCUACUACUGAAGAUCCUGCUACGAUAUUCUCAUUGCCAUUGCAAGAUAACAUAUUUGAUGUUAAAAAAGCAACUAAUAACGAUGUAAAGAUAGCUAUGCGUCUAGUUGAUUUAACGAAAGUAAAUUUCUCAUGGGAUGAUGAUGAUUAUAUCACAGUGGGAGGCAGAAUAGUUUCCAUGGAAUGGGAUUCAACUGGAAAAUAUCUUGCUAUUCUUUUCCAGGAUAGUCCAGUUAUUGCUCUAGUUAAAACGAGCCUAAGUAAUUUAUCGCGAGUAGUAGACGUGCAGCCAAGCUGUCUCAUCAAAGGAUUUCCCGGGCGGUCGGGCCGCGCGUACACAUGCGGCGACUAUGGUACGAGCGAAGUUGACAGGUGCCUGGGUAAAAAAGCAGGAUCGUGAGCGGGCAUAGUAUGUAUAUAAUGUAAGCAUAGAGGGCUGGCAGACCACAUGUGCCACUCUAUCACUUAUCUACCCGUAAUAUGACGUACAGCUCGCCCAUGCAAGAUGCACCAAGGCAUAUACAUACUCUUGUAUAUGUGCGCGCGUAAUUUUCCGCGUAAGGAAAGCGCGAGGAUGAGCGAGAGCGAGUGUACACGUAUUGUAUAUUAUUGUACUCUAUAUUUUAUGUAUAUUAUUUUAAACAUAGAGGAAAUGGAAAAACCUGAAAUAAUAUUUUAACAUAUCAGCACAUCAGUAUGAGAUUUAAUAAAAAAAUAUAAGGAGAUACAAACAUUUUAUAUCCGGUUAUAUAAAAAUUUACAUCUUUCUCGUUUAAAGAUUAUUUAAUUUUGAAUAUAUAU